AUGGGUCGCCUCCCUCGAUCCAACACCGUGGGCCACGGCUUCGGCAUCCUCGAAGACACCUCUGGUCCCGGCACUCAUGCUUCUUCUGACGCAAACGGCCCUCACACCUUCAACAACGUUGCUGCUCUCGAAGAUUGUGACACUAACAGUCGCCAAAGAACGCCGGAAUUCAUCGACGCUUUAACCGACAAACUCAAGGAAUUACAUAUUUACAGUCCUAAGAAGAACCGUGCCGACAGAUCACUGCUGCAACCUGUGCGACGCCGCACUCGAUCUUCUAUUGACUCCAAGAUCUUCCCAACCCUUCAACACAUCAGGGAAGAAGUCGAAAUCUGUGACGGAAACUCAAGUGUGACUAGCACUACGCAAGGACCAGUCCUUGCCAACUUGCCUCAAGAGACCAAACAAGACGAGGGUAUCCCAUCAUCAACUGAAACACGUGCUGCCGUACCGACUUCCCCUCGCCAAACGUCGGAUUCAUUUGAAGCCAACGGGUCCAACUUCUGUUCUGAAGUCCUGCGCGCAAUUGGUCUUGAACAGCAACAUCUUAACACAGAUCCUAACAUACAGAAGUCCAUCGCACGGCACAGGUCAGGUCAGUAUGACUAUGUACUUUCGAUUCCGGACCCAGACGGCCCGACUAGGCGCAACAAUGCGACCAGUAGACGAGAAGACGUCACGCUCGACUAUGGCUGCAACGUCUUAGUCCACACCGACCGCGCUGAGGAAAGUCUAUGCAGUCAGCGAAAACCGGCUAAUGCUUUCAAACUUCUAGCAACACCUCUGAUAUUUGACGAAUCAUCUCGGAGUGCGUCGCAUUCAUCGUCAGGAAACGACGACAAGAUGGCUAUUGCUGAACCGCUUGUUCGGCUUGCCUCUCCAGCGCCUGCAGGGUACGAAAGCCCCGUGACGAAAUCUGCCAUCGACGUGUCCGUCGUCGAACAAAUCCACUCCAAGGAGUCAUCUCUGGACUACGUGGACCACCCCAAGGACAGAGUAGUUUCCUUCUCGUCUACGGAUGAGAGCAUAGCCCCAACGGAGGACGUUCCCCGCACUCCAUCUAGGUCAACCUCGACCAGUUCAAGAUCUCGAAUUGAGGACUCAGUGGAAGCCAUCGAUAAACUCGAGGAGGAAUUGGAGGCCAUUAACACCCGCUUGGCGACACCAAGCAAGUCUCGACGGAUUCAAUCUGUGGUGGAUGAGUCUACUACGACAGCUCCCACAAGGGAAUCACCUAUUAGGCGGCCCGCCCCCACGUUGAACCGCACUCAAUCUGUUGGCGCCGCAGCCAAAAGAUCGUCACAGGUACGCGCAAACCAGAGAAAGUCUGUCAAUUUUGACAGCGAUAUCCCAAAGGGAUCCCCUGGAAAAGCACCUACUACAAGGCCUCCUGUGCCUCGUCCAACCAGCCUUCUACCGCCCAAACCGCCUGCCAAAUCCACGAGGGCUCCUACCAAACCCUCUUUUGAGCUGCCAGGUGAGGCCACCGCUCGCGAUAUCAAGGCGAGGCGCGACGCUCGCCUGGCUCAACAGGCCCAGGAGAAGGCCGCUGCGGCAGUCCCUCAGCGAACUAGAUCUCUCAAGGCCCCGACCAAGCCUAACUUUGAGCUGCCCGGCGAGGCAAUUUCCAGGCGCAAGAGGGAGGAGCGAGAAGCUCGUCUCAAACAGCAAGAAGAGGAUGAGCGAAGGCGUCGCGAGUUCAAGGCGAGUCCUAUCAAGGCAAGGCUGGGAACGGCUACGCAACCUCGAGAGACCGUGGCUAGUCGAGCUCGCCAGAACAAGGGAUCCGAGGCCAGCGACAUGGAAAGCCCGUCGAAGCGCUCAUCAAUCAUGGGCACUCCUCGUACCCUUGCGAGAACGAGUUCGACGAGGUCGCCACAGACUCGCGGCAGAGGUACCUCACAGUCAGGUACAGAGACCCAGCUUAGCCGUGCUACAUCUACAUCUACGGGUAGCAUGAGCGGCAAGCGAAGCGCGCUAUCUGUUGAGGAGAUUGAGCAGCAAAAGGUUAAGGGCCGUGAGGUCUUCCACCGUGACAACUCCUAUACCCAAGACAAGGAGCGAGAGCGCCGCGAACGCGAGUGGAACGCUAAGAUGGCCCGCGAGCAAGCUGCGGAACGCUCUAGACAAGCGAGCCGAGAGUGGCGCGAAAAGCAACAACGCAGCAAGCUCGCUGUCCUGGCUGCCGCGGCAGGCCAGACAGUAUGA